GCUGACCUGUCGUGCCGUAGCACUCGCACAGAAGUGGGCACAAUAUUCACCCAGGGAAGCUUUCUCACACUUAAAUACAUCACCGAUCCUUACAGUAAAUCCGAUAAUGGGUUUCGACUUAUUAUCACUGCAUUCAAAGAAGCGCCGGUUCACUGUAAAGAUCACAAGUGCUUGAAUUCAUUCUGCAUAUCGAGAGACUUGUCUUGCGAUGGCAUUAACCAUUGCGGAGACAAUAGCGAUGAGACUAGCCAUGCCUCGUGUACAGAUCCAGAGGUGUUUGACGGCCAUAUAUUAGGAUUAGAAGCGAAUACAUUCAUA